AUGGAGGGCUCAGGGCUGCCCUUUGCCACCGGCUCCCCGGGACCACGUGGCCCCGAAGGACCACAGGGCAAGCUGGGACUGCCAGGGAUGAAGGGAGAUGUUGGCAACCCCGGGCAACCCGGCUUGCCAGGACCAAAGGUGGGGGCACUGGGAGGUUGGCACGGGCAGCUGGGUAGGGAGGGCACUGGGCAGGACCCAAGGGGAGAUGCUGGUGUGCCCGGCGUGGAUGGUCGCCCUGGUCUGGAGGGCUUCCCUGGACCACAGGGACCCAAGGGUGACAGAGGCAACCCUGGCGAGAAGGGGGAGAGAGGUCAAGAUGCUGUGGGGCUGCCCGGCCCCCCAGGUCCCCCAGGUCCUCCUGGACAGGUCCUCACCAUCUCCAGUGAAGAUUGCCCAGAGAGCACCCUUGGGAAGAGGGGGGGCAACAGGGGUGGAAGAUCUGGGCACGUUUUGGUGGAACUUCUGGUGACCUGUGCUCCUCUCCAACAGGGUCUGGUGGGACCUAAAGGAGACCGGGGUCCAUCAGGUCCUCAGGGCCCCCCAGGAUUGAAGGGGGAGAAGGGGGAACCCGGGGUCAUCAUCAGCCCUGAUGGCACCCUGGUGGCUGCAAAGGUGAAAGGAGACAAGGGGGAGCCGGGGCUGCGGGGACCCACGGGACCCUCG